GGGUUUGAAGCGGCGAGUGCCGAAAGUCUUCGGCUGUGACGAAGGGACGGGUUCUGUAUCUUGCACGCAGCACGCACGCAGUGCCCCUUUCAGUAGCAGUCCGGGAGUCGAUCCGUGCGGAACACAUCGCAGCAGCGAUUGGUGGAUCGCGUGAAUCUUUGUACGCGCGCGGCACAGUGGCUACGGCCAAACACCAAACAGUUUCCAGUGGCACGCACAGUGACAUCCACCCCGCGGUGGGACGGACAGUUUGUGGAAGGCUCGUGAGUUUUAUUUUACUUUUAUUGUGAAUUUUAUUUUUCGCUCUAGUGCAGCUUUCUCCCACAGCUAGUGCUAAAUGAACUCGUUCCCCGUCCCUAGUUUUGGAACUGUUUGGGUAGGGGGGGGGGAAUCGCACAGGUCGUACAGGUGCAAAGACUUUGGGUGUAGGGGGAAUGGUUUUUGGUGGCUUCGCUGGAAACCAGCGACACAGUGCCAGGCGACAGUUCUGGGAGGGCUGAGUGUGACAGACCCUUUUGGUGUAGUGCAGAGUGAAAUAUAGAGUGACUAGCUGUGGAAGUGGUUCCAAGUGCGGAAGAAGAACGUCCAAUUGUGAUGGUCUUAAGAAUGUUUGGAAAAAAACAACUGUUCAAACUACAAUAAUAUAAGACAAACAGACAAACAAAAACACUGACACAGGCUUACGAGUGGCGUCAAAGUCAGCAAAACACACACACGCACACAAACACGGCUUACGGCGGGAGUGAAAAGUGUGAACUCGAGUGGUGCAAUAAUAACGGCGAAGCACGAUGGCACGACGGCAGCAAACCAUCGAUGAAAUAUUUCAUAACUCAUAAGAGCGACGCCACACUGCACUAAGCAACUCUCGCGCGAGCGCGCUCGCGUCCCACAACUGUCAACGUCAGCCGCCGUCUUCGCAGUGACUGCCGUAUUGCAAGAUUCGGUAGAAGAACCGAUCAGUGCGAGUGCUCACGGUGGGUGCGGGUGCGCGGGUACGCUGAAGGAGUGCUGCCAGCGAACGCCAAUCUUCAAGCCGGAUUGAGUGAAACAACACCGUUCGGCGACACAACAACAGCAGCAGCAGCAAGGCGCCAAACACAGGUGGCCGGCGUGGUUGGCGGGGCGAGAACACAAAAAGUGCUUCCGUGUCGGAAUUCCUUCCGAUUUGUCAGCGGUUUUUGUUGCGCUGUUGUGUUCGAUUGCUACCGCACAUACUCCCCCCCCGCACUUACACCCCCAACCCACCCACACAGCCAGCGGAAGCAGAAGAAGAAGUCCACUCUCUGGGCCGUUCGCCAGCAACAACCCUAAGCAGUGUGGGAGGGCGCGCGAGGGUGUGUGCGAGUGUGAGUGAGUAAGUGUGUGUGUGUGUGUGUGUAUGCUGCUGCCAGCGCUGCUGCUACUGCCGCCGCCGUUGCCGUUGCUAGAGUCGUUUGAAUGGCUUACGGGGCGAGUACGGCGAGCGUGAACCAACUGCUGCUGCUGCUGCUGCCACGACCGCAAAAUGGCUAGAUUCUACCAGACGGCUACAUUCGGCAAACUGUUUCACAAUUGGAUCGAAGGGGAAAGACGCCAUGACGCCAGCAGCAGCAGCAGUCGCAGCCGCCGCCACAUCGCAGUAGCUGCUCCCGCAUCAGCAACCCGCAACCGCACCCGAGCCCGCCGAACGCCCACAGGCCGUGUUGUCCAGCGGCGCGCCGUAGUCGCCGCCGUCACCGCCGUCACCGUCAGUCGUUGUAUCCACGUCACCAGCCGCCGGAACGGCCCGGACCGGAGCCAUGAACGAGUCGGAGUGUGCCAGCCUGCUCGCGUCCGUACAGUGGACGGAUCCGACCAAUCUGGUCUCGCUGGCGGUGCUCGCCUUCAUCAACGUGCUCGUCAUCGUCGGCAACUGUCUGGUGAUUGCGGCCGUGCUCUGCUCGCACAAGCUGCGCAGUGUUACCAAUUUUUUCAUCGUUAGUCUAGCUGUUGCUGAUUUAUUAGUCGGAUUAGCUGUAUUGCCAUUUUCGGCUACCUGGGAGGUGUUUAAGGUUUGGAUAUUCGGUGACGUCUGGUGCCGCAUCUGGCUGGCGGUCGACGUCUGGAUGUGCACGGCCUCGAUCCUGAACCUGUGCGCCAUCUCGCUGGACCGGUACGUUGCCGUCACCCGGCCAGUCACCUAUCCGAGCAUAAUGUCGACCAGGCGGGCCAAGUCGCUCAUCGCCGGGCUGUGGGUGUUGUCCUUCGUUAUCUGCUUUCCGCCGCUGGUCGGGUGGAAGGAACAGAAAGUGAAAGAGAACGUUUAUUAUCAAUACGGAAACUACACACUGGUGUCGGUGACACCGUCCCCCGCGCCUCCCCUUCCCUGUCCCUGGACGUGCGAGCUGACGAACGACGCCGGGUACGUCGUCUACUCAGCCCUCGGCUCCUUCUACAUUCCCAUGUUCGUGAUGCUGUUCUUCUACUGGCGGAUCUACCGGGCGGCCGUCCGGACGACGCGCGCCAUCAAUCAGGGCUUUCGCACCACCAAAGGUGGCAAGAACAAUCUCGACGACAGUCUGACGCUGCGGAUGCAUCGCGGCAAAGGCGUCGCCUCGCUGAUGGAGUCGACGAUACGGGCCCAGAACGCGGUCCGGAUGUCGCUGGAAGGGUCGGGCCGGGGAGCACCACCGCCACCAUCGUCUCACCCGACGCAGCAGUCGUUGCCGCCGACAACGCCGACGCCGCCCGACGCCCAGAACGGUGGCACCAGUACGGACGGUGGCAGCAGCGGCACCUCACCGAAUCCUCAAAUCUCGAUCUCACGUGCCUCGAGCGGCAGCGUGGUCGUGUUGCCCUGUCCCCGGCCGACCACGACCACGACCACGACCGCGACCGGCCUGCAGAUAUCGCUGCACAAUCACCACCAUCACCAUCACCACCAUCAUCAUCACCACAGCUACCAUGGGGCGCCGGGCAGUGGCGUCCCCUCCCAGCAGCAGCAGCACCAGCAGACGUCCCAGCAGACGUCGGGCGGCCGGCACCACCACCACCACCAGGGCGGCAGCCGGCGCAAGAGCGUGUUCAAGGAGGCACCGGUCGGCGUGUCCCGCGACCUGUCGCCCAACUCCUCCAAGAAGCUCGGCAAGAAGCACCUGAAGGUGCAGGUGAAGCGCUUCCGGAUGGAGACGAAGGCGGCCAAAACGCUCGGCAUCAUCGUCGGCGGCUUCAUCUUCUGCUGGCUGCCGUUCUUCACCAUGUACCUGACGCGCGCGUUCUGCGCCGAGUGCAUCAACAGCCUGCUGUUUUCGGUGCUGUUCUGGCUCGGCUACUGCAACUCCGCCGUCAACCCGUUCAUCUACGCGCUGUUCUCGAAGGACUUCCGGCAGGCGUUCAAGCGCAUCAUCCUGCGGUGCCUCUGCUCGAAGCGGCUCAAGCUGAACCUGCUGCUGAAGAAGAACUCGGCGCACAACAACACGACGAACCACUCGUACAGCCCGUCGGCGUUCACGCCGAUCGCUUCGACGCCCCGGACGGAGAUUGCGGAGAGUGGCGUCGUCGGUGGUGUGUUCAGAUGACGCGCAAGCCACCCGGUGGGAAGUGGGGCUGGUCCAGCUAUCGGUACAGAUGGUCAGCAGCAGCAGCAGCAGCAGCAGUUGCUACAGGUCCAGACGUCGGCAGGAAACAGUGGAAGUGUUUCACCGACGCCUGCAGGAUUAGCCGUUACCACGAGCCUCGGUAGGCUUUCCGGCAGCUCGGAUGAUAUGCGGCUACGGCCUCCGAUCCGGGGUGACCAGACAACCGAAAACAGCAUUGACGAGGACGACGAUGACGAUGGCGCAGAGCAGAAGGAUGAUGAGAAGAGCAGGCCGAGUGCCAUCUUCGAGCGCUGCCAGGUGACCGUGCCGAGUCGCGGCGAAUGCUCCGAGCGAACCGUCAUACUGCUGCAUGACAUCUCACCGACAGUCCCGAUCGGUACCGGGGCCGACGAACGCGCCCGUGACAAUCAGCGUCAGAGCGACUCCUCCAUUACGUUCCUGUGAAGCUCGCACGGGAUCGAAACGGCCACUGGGCGACGAACCUUUCACCUUCCACCUUCAUCAUCACAGAGGGGCAGCGCCCACACAGGAGAGAGUGGCUCCCGGCAGCAGUAGCAGUAGUAGUAGUAGUAGUAGUAGUAGUAACACGUUAGUGAGUGAAAUGUCAAUCAGCAUAUAGCAAAAGCCAACUACAGCAACACAGGGUAUUAGCACGGUAAACAGCAGCAAUGGAUCCCGUGCUCGCCAUUGCCGACAGUCUGGCCGUGGAUCGUGUGGGACAGUAGAAACAGUAACAGCCGCGUUUGUGACUGCGAGUGUGUGUGCGUGCGUGUGUGUGAGUGCGUGUGUGUGAGUGUGUUUAUUUAGUAGCCGACUGGACGGUAAAACAGUAUUUUCUUGCGCGCGAGUGCGUGCAGGUGGUGUUUCUCGCCCGCGACGGUAGGUCCUGCCGGACGCCCAACAGCGUCCAGAAGACAACGCCGCACAGCACGGGCGUACACCAAUUCCGGCCCCGGCAAAACGCCCGGCUGCGGAAGCAUAUUCUAGCAAUCCUGACAAAGAAGUAAUAAUAAUCAUAGCGCGCAAAUGGCUAAUGGAUACUAGCAAAUAACAUUAGCAACUAAUUUCAGCGUAAAAUCCCCGUAGCAAGUAAGCAAAGUAAUAUUAAUAAUAAACAAAACCUCCAGCCCUCCCCCCAAUCAACUUCGAUUGCCAUUUUACGCGACAAAUAAAUCAACGCACAGGAUGCCGCACUGGCAAAGCGGCCAACUGCUUAUCUA